AUGAUUAGUGACUUUUUUUUCCCCCAACCUGGAGGAGUGGAAAGUCACAUAUACCAACUUUCAUCCAAAUUAAUAGAUAGGGGCCAUAAAGUUAUCAUCGUCACUCAUGCCUAUAAGGGCCGGACCGGAGUGCGAUAUCUCAGUAAUGGACUCAAGGUCUAUUAUGUGCCAUUUUUUGUCAUUUACCGCGAAUCGACUAUGCCUACGGUCUUCUCCUUCUUCCCCAUUUUUCGUAACAUAAUAAUACGCGAACAGAUUGCGAUUGUGCACGGACAUCAAAGUCUGAGCAGUUUUUGCCAUGAAGCCAUUCUACAUGCGCGCACUAUGGGUUUGCGCACAGUUUUUACAGAUCACUCGCUGUUUGGUUUCGCAGACGCGGGUUCAAUCCUUACGAACAAACUCCUGAAAUUUACCCUGAGUGAUGUUGACCAUGUUAUUUGCGUCAGCCAUACCUGCAAGGAGAACACAGUCCUUCGCGCUUCUCUCGAUCCUCUGAUGGUGUCAGUUAUUCCUAACGCCGUUGUGGCCGAGAAUUUUCGCCCCUUGUCGUACAGCGCCGAUGAAAAUAACAAAACGCCUGUGCCACGUGCCUUGUUGGGCCCGGAUGAUAUUAUCACAAUUGUUGUUAUAUCACGACUUUUUUAUAACAAGGGAACAGAUCUCCUAAUUGCGGCGAUACCAAGAAUCUUAGCUUCUCACCCGAAUGUACGCUUCAUUAUUGCAGGCUCAGGGCCCAAGGCUAUUGACCUAGAGCAAAUGCUAGAACGUAAAGUUCUACAAGACAAAGUGGAAUUCCUCGGAGCGGUUCGACAUGAGGAAGUCCGCAAUGUGAUGGUGCGGGGACAUAUCUAUCUUCAUCCGAGUUUGACUGAAGCAUUCGGAACGGUGAUUGUAGAAGCCGCUAGUUGUGGACUAUACGUCGUUUGUACCCGUGUCGGGGGCAUUCCAGAAGUCUUGCCACAGCACAUGACAACAUUUGCAAAACCUGAGGAAGAUGAUCUUGUUCAGGCGACCGGCAAGGCAAUUGCAGCCCUUCGCUCGAACAGAGUCUGCACUGACAAGUUUCAUGAACAAGUACGCAUGAUGUAUUCGUGGACGGAUGUCGCCCGACGAACAGAGCGUGUUUACAAUGGAAUAUGUGGUGCCAUAAGCGAAGAAGAGUUUUACGGCUACUUUCCUGGACAAGGUUGGACUGCAACCAGGGGCCGCAUCAAUAGCUUCGCUCUCAUCGAUCGACUAAAACGCUACUACGGCUGUGGCAUAUGGGCUGGGAAAUUGUUUUGUCUUUGCGUUGUCAUAGACUUCUUGCUCUAUGUUUUCCUUGAAAUAUGGUUCCCCCGUAGCAGCAUUGAUAUUGCGAGAAGCUGGCCAAGGAAACCGACUGUAGGAAGCAGGGAGUCCCAUGAAGUCGAUUCCUCUAAUCACCGAGAAUCGAAGCGCAGCACCACACGACCGAGUGUGAUAUACUAA